UCGUGCCGUGUGUACUUGCACUGUCGAAAUAGCACACACGUUGUGCCAAACAUUUAAUAUUUAUACUUACAUACGCCGGUAUUGAUUGGAUUUAAAAAUCAGAAUGCCCCCCAAGAAAGUUGAGGAGCCCGAACGGAAGCCGCUCAUCGGACGAGUGGGUACGAAUCUCAAGAUCGGAAUUGUUGGGAUUCCCAAUGUUGGGAAAUCGACGUUUUUUAAUGUCCUGACGAAGAGUCAAGCUGCUGCUGAAAAUUUUCCGUUUUGUACAAUUGACCCUAAUGAAAGUCGCGUACCAGUUCCAGAUUCAAGGUUCGAUUACUUAUGCGAGUAUUUCAAACCAGUUAGCAAAGUUCCGGCAUUUUUAAAUGUCGUCGAUAUUGCUGGGCUCGUCAAAGGUGCGGCUGAAGGACAGGGUUUAGGAAAUGCAUUUCUUUCUCAUAUUAAUGCUUGCGAUGCAAUUUAUCAUUUAUGCAGAGCUUUCGAAGACGAUGAUGUGACCCAUAUUGAGGGUGAAGUAAACCCAGUAAGAGAUCUAGAGAUUAUUUGCGAAGAGUUACGGCUCAAAGACGUCGAAAUGCUGAAUGGUCAUCUCGAAAAAUUAGAAAAAUUAGUCGUACGUGGUAAUGACAAGAAACUUAAGCCUGAAUACGAUACACUUUUAAAAGUUAAAACAGUUUUGGUAGAGGAAAAAAACCAAGUCAGAUUUGCUGAUUGGAGUGUUAACGAUAUCGAUGUGCUCAAUAAAUAUUUGUUCUUGACUUCCAAGCCAGUAAUUUACUUAGUGAAUCUCUCGGAAAAGGAUUACAUUCGCAAGAAAAAUAAAUGGCUUAUAAAAAUAAAAGAAUGGGUAGACAAAAAUGAUCCUGGUGCAACAUUGAUACCUUUCAGCGGUGUUUUUGAGAACAAAGUAAUCGACAUGGACGACGCUGAACGCGCAAAGUACUUUGAAGAAUCAAAAGUUACGAGCGCACUUGAAAAAAUAAUUGUUCAGGGUUACAAAGCCUUGCAAUUGCAGUACUUCUUUACUGCUGGUCAUGAUGAAGUUAAAGCUUGGUCAAUUCAGAAAGGAACAAAAGCGCCUCAAGCAGCCGGCAGAAUCCAUACCGACUUCGAAAAAGGUUUUAUCAUGGCUGAAGUUAUGAAGUUUGAAGAUUUCAAAAAUGAAGGUUCUGAAGCUGCAGUCAAGGCAGCAGGAAAGUACAGGCAACAGGGUAGACAUUAUGUCGUUGACGACGGUGAUAUUAUACUGUUUAAAUUUAACGCCGGUGCUGGAUUGAAAGAUCCCAAGAAAAAAUGAUACCACUCUUCAAAAUGCAUAUUUAUAUCAUACAUAAAUAAUUAUUAUUUUCAAUUAAUUGAAAAUCGCAAGUGUAUCAGUAGAUUUUUUUAAUAUCUGCUAUUUUUACUGAAUACAAAUUUGUCAUUUAAA